CUCCCCGCGCGCUCCGGCGCGGGGCCUGGCAGCGCGGCCUCCUCCGCCUCCCUCCGGCCCGCGGCCGGCCCGGGCGCGUGGGGGAGGGCGGGGGCCAGGGCGGGGGGCGCGGCCCCAGACCCUCCCGGCUGCACCCCCUCCCCGGCGGCCGCGGGCGGAGCCCAGCCGCCUCAGCCCGCCGCGGCGGCAGCGGCGCGGCGCCGCGGGCAGCGAGCUCCGCAUUCGAACCUCCCUCGCAAAGACAGUCUCCGCCCCACAAUGCACCGCGGCGGGCAGCCUUUGAAAAAGCGGCGCGGCUCGUUCAAGAUGGCGGAGCUCGACCAGUUGCCUGACGAGAGCUCUUCAGCAAAAGCCCUUGUCAGUUUAAAAGAGGGAAGCUUAUCUAACACAUGGAAUGAAAAGUACAGCUCUUUACAAAAAACACCUGUUUGGAAAGGCAGGAAUACGGGCUCCACUGUGGAGAUGCCUUUCAGAAAUUCAAAACGAAGUCGACUCUUUUCUGAUGAAGAUGACAGACAGAUAAAUACAAGGUCACCCAAAAGAAACCAGAGAGUUGCAAUGGUCCCACAGAAAUUUACAGCAACAAUGUCCACACCAGACAAGAAAGCCUCACAGAAGAUUGGUUUCCGAUUACGCAACCUCCUCAAGCUUCCCAAAGCACAUAAAUGGUGCAUAUAUGAAUGGUUCUACUCAAAUAUAGAUAAGCCACUGUUUGAAGGUGAUAAUGACUUCUGUGUGUGUCUGAAGGAAUCCUUUCCGAAUUUAAAAACAAGAAAGUUAACAAGAGUAGAAUGGGGAAAAAUCAGGCGCCUUAUGGGAAAACCACGGAGAUGUUCUUCUGCAUUUUUUGAGGAAGAGAGAUCAGCAUUAAAACAGAAACGACAGAAAAUAAGGCUCUUACAACAAAGGAAAGUUGCAGAUGUUUCCCAAUUCAAAGAUCUCCCAGAUGAAAUUCCUUUGCCCCUGGUUAUUGGAACCAAAGUUACAGCUCGAUUACGUGGUGUUCAUGAUGGUCUCUUCACUGGACAAAUAGAUGCUGUGGAUACUUUUAAUGCUACUUACAGAGUAACUUUUGAUAGGGCAGGGCUUGGAACCCAUACCAUCCCUGACUAUGAAGUUCUUAGUAAUGAGCCUCAUGAGACGAUGCCAAUUGCUGCCUUUGGACAAAAACAGCGGCCUUCUCGAUUCUUUAUGACUCCACCACGAUUACAUUAUACUCCUCCUCUCCAGUCACCGAUUACGGAUAAUGAUCCUUUACUAGGACAGUCGCCUUGGAGAAGUAAGAUUUCUGGCUCUGACACUGAAACGUUAGGUGGUUUUCCAGUAGAAUUCCUUAUCCAAGUGACCAAAUUGUCAAAAAUUCUCAUGAUUAAAAAGGAACAUAUCAAAAAAUUAAGGGAAAUGAACACAGAAGCAGAAAAAUUGAAAUCCUAUUCCAUGCCCAUCGGCAUCGAGUUUCAGCGGAGAUAUGCAACCAUCGUUCUGGAGCUUGAGCAGCUCAAUAAGGACCUCAACAAAGUUUUGCAUAAGGUUCAGCAGUACUGCUAUGAGCUCGCUCCAGACCAGGGCCUGCAGCCUGCAGACCAGCCCACGGAUAUGAGGCGGAGGUGUGAGGAAGAAGCCCAGGAGAUUGUCCGGCAUGCCAACUCCUCCACUGGGCAACCCUGUGUUGAGAAUGAAAAUCUGACAGACUUAAUCUCCAGGCUCACUUCUAUUUUAUUACAAAUUAAGUGUCUGGCAGAAGGAGGAGACCUGAAUUCCUUUGAGUUCAAAUCCCUUACAGAUUCAUUAAAUGAUAUCAAGAGUACGAUAGAUGCUUCCAAUAUCAGUUGCUUUCAGAAUAAUGUCGAAAUCCAUGUUGCACACAUUCAGAGUGGCCUGAGCCAAAUGGGAAACCUGCACGCCUUUGCCGCCAAUGACACCAACAGGGACUGAGGAGCAGUCUUCCCUGCUCCAGCCGCACAGGACACUGCGGUCCGUUCCCCUCGGCUUCCAACACCAAAUGACCCAUGUGCUGGAAAACAAGGGAACUUUGCAUCUCCAGCGAAGGCACUGGAACAUACCGUCGUGCUUCUUGAACCAGCACUGCUGACCAGCAUUCUAUUUAUUUUUCUCCUUAUUAUUCUGCUGCAGUAGCAUCACUUAUGUUACGCGUUUAUCGGCAAGGAUUUUUCAACCGAAACUGUCUGAACAAAAGACGCUGUCACGGAAGAGUGUGCUGACCCUUUUUUCAACGUGCAUGAAUUCCGCCAACAUGCGCAGACAGUUGCUCCCCUGGGCAGGCGCAAGCAGACACGGGCCUCCUGCUUGGAACUGCGACCAGAGGGCUGCGGCACGGGCCCUCAGCUCCUCACCCUGCCAGGCUUCUGGAAGAGAGGGCCACGGGGAGGCGGGAGGUCAGGUUUCAGGAAGCCACCGGAACAGCCACGGAGCUGCGGCCUUGACAAGUAUGCGAGAUGGACACCUGCAGGGUGACAUGGCUCUAGAGAUCAUUUUAUAAUAAUAAGUAUUUUAAUUUAUCAUAAUUUAUAAAAGAAACCUUUGUUGUUUGUUGAAAGAAAAUGAAGGAGCAGGAAAAAAGUAAAUUACUUGCAAAAUGCUACAUUUCAGCAAGUAGAUUUGGCCUGACUUUUCCCGUCAAUUCAGGGCAAAAAAAUGCUAUUGUUAUGAGACUUAUUUAAAAAGACUGAUAACACACUAUUUUCAUAUUUUGUUUAUUUGCACAACUUUUGAACCAGAUAACUGGUUAAAAUCCAACCAUACACAAUUUAUAAAGUCAAAAGAUUUUAUAAGGAAAACAGAUAUAAUAACCAGUGCUGUGAAAUGCAGAAAAAAAGGUUUGUAUUUGGUUGUGGGGUUUUUUGGUGGUUUUUUUGGUUUUUUAAAGGAAAAACCCUACCUAAAAUGUUAAUCUUGUAAAAAGUGUGUAUUUGGGAUUUUCUUUGUUUUAAUAUAGAAUAUUAUAAAGUCAAAAUAUAAUAAAAUUGUUUUCAGAUUUGGAGUUUAAGAUAGAGCUGUAGACGUGGCUUUGAUUCCUUUAGAUGUCUCAUUAAAUGGGACUUUUUAUAUGUUAAUGUAUAAUAAAACUAAAACGAGAUUAUUUUCCAUUUGAAAUUUUUGUAUAGUUUAAAAAUGCUUCCAUAUUCUUUGUUGGUAUUGUGCCACUGCAGAACUUUAGUGCAGAGUUUAUAUUUAGCUAAACUGUUAUGUUAAUUAAGAAAUGCAUAAAUCCUUUAUUCUUAAUAUUUGUAAUUCUAAAUAAAUUGCUCUAUGAAAAGUAA